GGACUGCCAGCCUACAGACUGGACGGCGGUAAUCUUCGUCACGGAUUAAACCGGAACCUGGGCUUCUCGAAAGAAGAUCACGAAGAGAACGUGCGAAGAGCUGCCGAAGUAGCAAAAUUGUUCUCUGAUUGCGGUGUGAUCACCAUUUGCUGCCUCGUUUCGCCCUUCGAGGCGGACAGAAGGCUGGCGAGGAAGAUACACGAAGAUUUUAACUUGAAGUUCUUCGAGAUCUUCGUGAAAGCUUCCGUGAAGACGUGCGAAGCCAGAGACGUGAAAGGCCUCUACGAGAAAGCUAGAAAAGGGAUGAUUGAAAGCUUCACAGGCAUCGGCCAGGAAUAUGAAACGCCCAAAACUCCUGAUCUCAUCGUGGAUACGGAAUUUCAUAAUUUGCAGACCUCGACGAGAAUGGUGAUCGAGUUGUUGAGGACUCAGGGAAUUCUUCCCAAGACUCGAAAUCAGGUUCAGGAACUGUUCGUCGAGGAGAGGAAGAUAGAGGAGGCGAGAAAAGUGGCGGAGAAUCUUCCGAGUAUCGACAUCAGUAAGGUUGACUUGCAAUGGGUUCAAGUACUCGCUGAAGGUUGGGCUGCUCCGCUCACAGGUUUCAUGAGGGAGUACCAAUAUUUGCAGUGUCAACACUUCAAAACUAUCAAACAAGAUGGGAACGUGAUUAAUCAAUCGAUACCAAUCGUGCUUCCGGUUAGCACAGAGCAGAAGGAAAGCUAUACUACAGCACCGGCACUGACCUUGAAGUACAACGGUCAAGAUAUCGCAAUUCUGAGGAGACCAGAAUUUUUCGCUCACCGAAAAGAAGAAAGGUGUAGCAGAGAAUUUGGUACAAACGACCUUGGACAUCCUUACGUUAGAAUGAUCCACGAAUCGGGUGAUUGGCUGGUUGGAGGAGAAUUAGAAGUUCUGGAAAGGAUUAAGUGGAACGAUGGUCUCGACAAGUACAGGCUCACGCCAAACGAAAUUCGUAAAAAAUGCAGAGAAAUGGAAGCGGAUGCUGUUUUCGCCUUCCAGUUGAGACAUCCGAUUCACAAUGACCACGCACAAGAGUUAAUGCAGGAUAUCAGAAGAUACCUCGUGGAGGAACGUGGUUGUAAGAAACCAGUUCUUCUACUGCAUCCUCUGGGAGGAUGGACGAAAGAAGACGACGUACCACUAACAGUUCGGAUAAACCAACACCAAAGUGUUCUCGAGGAGAGUGUAUUGCACAAAGACGUCAUCCUCGCUAUUUUUCCAAGCCCGAUGCUUUACGCUGGCCCUACAGAGGUAUUAUUUAUUUCCCUAAAAAAUUAA